CCCUACUUGACCUCGAUAAACGAAUGGCGGUUUCUCUCAAGAACAAGAACCUUUUCCUUCUUUGCAUCCUUCUGGUGUGCUUCUAAAACCUGUCAGAACCAUAACCAUGGCGUCCUCGUCAGAGCAACCGAUCAUCUCAGACGUUAUCGCUUCGACGACUCCUAGUUCAGUGGUUAAUAGACAAGCCCACAAGACAGGCGUCGUCCCGCAAGACGUCGAACUCGACGACUUCUCCAGCCCACGCAAUCGCAAUUCUCUGGAGACUGAUGAUCUGGAUCCAACCGAGUACCCUGUUCCAACCGAGGAGGAACUGACAACACUGCGCAAAGUGCAUGGAAGUAUCUCCUGGGUCGCGUGGCUACUAUGUAUUAUUGAACUUGCGGAGCGCGCAUCGUACUAUGGGACAACGAGCAUCUUUUCAAACUUCAUCCAGUUUCCACUACCUGAUGGCGGGAAUGGAGCUGGUGCGCCACAGAAGGGUACUCAGGAUACAGCUGGUGCACUGAACAAAGGAUUGCAAUUUGCAAGCGCGUUUGUGCUUCUGUUUACUUUUCUUGCGUACGCCAUGCCAAUUCUGGGGGCAUGGCUGGCAGACGCGAAGAUUGGGAGAUAUCCGGCCAUCACACUUGGCGUCUUGAUUGCUGGACUUGCGCAUAUUAUCCAAGUCAUUGGGGCGAUACCAAGUGUGUUGCAAGCUGGCAAUGGCACGGCGCCGUUCAUCAUUGGGUUGUUUCUGUUGGCUAUUGGAGCUGGAAUCUUCAAGCCAAGUAUCUUGCCUCUGAUUCUUGAUCAGUACAGGAUCCAGCGUCCGUACACGAAAGUGCUCAAGUCUGGGGAGAAAGUAAUUGUAGACCCCGAACUCACCAUCUCCCGUAUCUCAAUGCUCUACUAUGCCUUUGUCAAUAUGGGUGCCUUCCUCCCCAUCUCUACAGUCUACAUUGAAAAGUACGUCGGCUACUGGCUUGCUUUCCUGGUCCCAACAGUCGUCUAUCUCCUUCUUCCCUUGCUUCUUGCCUUCACCUACAAGCGCACAUAUCGCCGAAAAGUCGACGGCUCCGAGCUCACCAACUUCUUCCGGGUCCUGCGCAUGGCGAUCGCCCGUAGCAAGGGCAAGAUGUGGGGCGAUCAGUUCUGGGAGAACGCGAGGCCGAGCAUCAUGCCAGUGGGCAUGCGUGUACGUGCUAAUGUCACUUGGGAUGAUCAGUAUGUGAAGGAUGUCAGGAGAGUUGUGUCGGCGUGUGGGAUGUUCCUGUACUUUCCGAUAUAUUACUUCAAAGGCGGUAUCGGGAGUGUACUGUACAGUCAGGCGAGCACGCUGACGACGAACGGAACGCCAAACGACCUGCUUGGUAACUUUGCCGCGCUUGUCAUCAUCGUAGCUGUCCCCAUACUCACCUACAUCGUCUAUCCAACCCUCGCACACUUCCAUAUCCGCUUUGGCCGCAUCUCGCGCAUCACAUUCGGCUUCCUCCUCGCCGUCGCCUCCAACAUCUCCGGCGCAGUGCUCCAAUACUACAUCUACAAGACCUCACCGUGCGGCUACUACGCGACGGGCUGCGAGACCGGCACCGGCGUCAGCCACUACAGCGUCUGGCUCCAAAUGCCCACGGUCGUGCUCAGCGCCGUGUCCGAACUCUUCUGCCAGGUGACGGCGUACGAAAUCGCGUAUGCGCGGGCACCCAAGCAUCUGAAGAGUCUCGUGAUGGCGCUGUUCCUGUUCAUGGGUGCGCUAAGCGCAGCGUUGAACCAGAUCCUGACACCGUGGAUUGCGGAUCCGUAUUUGAUUUGGAUGUGGGUGGCGCCGGCGGUUGCGCUGUUUCUACAGACGGUUGUGUUUCAUUGGCGGUAUAGGUGGAUGGAUGGGGACGAGUUUAUGACGAAGGAGGUUAUGCUGACGGGGGAGACUAGCGAUGGGGAGGGCGCGAGGUUUCCGGAUGAAGCGAGUGUGGGAUAUGUUUUGACGUGUCGGUCGAAUAGCGACAAGGGGGGUGAGGGAAGGAAAUGAGGGCGAGUGAGAGAUUCUGGAUAGCCCGCGACGCAUCAAGAGUCUGGCCAUUGAAUGCACGACUCGAAACGGUCAGUCAGCUGCGGUUAGAACGAGGAGGUAGAGCGCAAAAGAUCCGCUUUCGAUACAUGCAUUAUCACAGUUUUUCGACAUUUACAUGAGACAGGCAAUGUCUGUAUAUAUUUAGUGGGCUACAUGGACCAUCCACCUCCUUAGAACAGAGGAGUGAGGUUAUGUAUAAUGAUCAAAGCUACAGCAUGAGAACAUAGCAAGCAUGGAGGAGAGUCUGGCAGAAGCAGCCAGAGAUC